CACUACAGUUUGUACACAAUCACUCCAUACCCCAAAACAGCGCCAUCUGUACACAGACCCCUUCCAAAAAAGUUUUACGCUACCCACCGGAAGAAAUAAUAUGCUUGUUUGAAUAGUUGGCGUUGGAUUUGUUUGUUGUUUGGAAAGUAUUUUUUUUGAAGCGCUUAUCGAAAAUUGUCAUGAGUCAGUUUGGGGUAGUUGUACAGUUGUUGGUGGUGGUUUUGUUGUUCAGGCAGGAGGUUGUGGGGUAUGUGGUAGACAAGAGAAGUUCAGCCCCUGAGAAGACAUCAGACGAUUUUAUGGAUUAUCAGUUAGGGGUGAAGUACGACGAGUAUCCUAUGAUUGUGCCAAAGAAGAGAACGGCAAUGUUGGUAGACCGUUUGAUGGUAGCUUUGAAGGAGGCCAUAGAUGAAGAAGAAGCACAAAUGGCAAAUACAAUUGUUGAAGAACCACCCCUUGCUAAAUCUUACGUCCUGAGUCCAGAUGAAAUCAGAACGAUGGAUCUGCAGAGGAGAGGCCAUGGUGGUUUACCUUCAGAGCCUAAGGUCCGACCAUAUUGGAGAUGCUACUUCAAUGCUGUCACCUGUUUCUGAGGAAAACCAACUGAAUCGACUUUUAAUUCUUAUCCUUAUUGACUAUACCCAUGCAUUGUAAAUCUUCAAAAUCAAGUAUUAUAUAAGUCCCUCCUAUAAUUAUUGAUGAUUUACCUUCGUGCAAUCGUUUAUUUGAAUUGU